AUGUCCAAUGGUCCAUUGGAUCCAAUGGAUCCAUUGGACAUGCAUAUGUCCAAUGGACAUUCCACUUGUCCAUUGGAUCCAAUGGACAUAGAUAUGUCCAGUAGAUAUUUCAUUUGUCCAUUGGAUCCAAUGGACAGGCAUAUGUCCAGUGGACAUUUGGUAGUGCGGUAAAUAAGUUAACAGGAAUGACGUCAUAGGUUGACAUCGACCCCAUGCUGGCAGCAGGCCUGUGGGAUGGCAAAGGAAGUAUGUCCAAUGGUCCAUUCGAAUGACGUAAUAUGUGGGCGUCAACCCCAUGCAGGUAAGCAGGCCUGUGAGAUGGCAAAGGAAGUAUGUCCAAUGGUCCAUUGGAUCCAAUGGAUCCAUUGGACAUGCCAGGCGUAUGUCCAAUGGACAUUUCAGUUGUCCAUUGGAUCCAAUGGACAUAGAUAUGUCCAGUGGACAUUAGAGUUGUCCAUUGGAUCCAAUAGGAUACGCAUAUGUCAAAUGGGCAUUUGAAUUGUGCGUUGAAUGUAUAAUUGCCAGGAUUUUGUCCAUUGGAUCCAAUGGACAGGCAUAUGUCCAGUGGACAUUUGGUAGUGCGGUAAAUAAGUUAACAGGAAUGACGUCAUAGGUUGACAUCGACCCCAUGCUGGCAGCAGGCCUGUGGGAUGGCAAAGGAAGUAUGUCCAAUGGUCCAUUGGAUCCAAUGGAUCCAAUGGACAGGCGUAUGUCCAAUGGACAUUUCAGUUGUCCAUUGGAUCCAAUGGACAUAGAUAUGUCCAGUGGACAUUAG